GACGCUGAAUCGUGGUUCACCAGCGGCUAGUUCGAGCCCUUCUCGGUCUCCUGGAGAGAGACAACAUGAAUCUUCUGCAAAGAACCAUGGAGGAAAUGAUGCUGAGAUUGAUGACGACUGGGAGAUAUCUGAUGAUGAGGUCGAUGAUGCUGACGAUACCAU